AUGGGGAUCUCCUUUCGCUGCGUCAGUGGUGGAAAGAUCAAGUUCAUUCUUAUUGGGGUUGGGGCAGGCCUUGGGGCACUACUUUUGUGUCUUGUUUUAUGGGGGCUGUACAAAUACAUCAAGAAGAGAAAAGAAAUCAAGCUUAAAGAGAAUAAUUUCAAACGUAAUGGCGGUCUUUUGUUGGAAAGUGAGCUAUCUUCUGAAGGCCAUGUUGAGAAAAACAAAUUGUUCAACUCCAAGGAUCUAGAAAAGGCUACUAACAAUUUCAAUGAGGAUAGGAUACUUGGGCGAGGUGGACAGGGUACCAUUUACAAGGGAAUGUUAACAGAUGGAAAAAUAGUUGCUAUUAAGAAAUCAAAAGCAAUAGACGAGGGCAAAGUCAAACAAUUUAUAAAUGAAGUCUUCAUUCUCUCACAGAUCAACCAUAGGAAUAUCGUUAAGUUAUUGGGGUGUUGCUUGGAGACAGAAGUCCCACUUUUAGUAUACGAGUUUAUACCAAACGGGACUCUAUACCAAUAUUUGCAUGACCCAAAGGAAGAGUAUCAUGUAUCAUGGGACACACGCCUACGAAUUGCAACUGAAAUUGCAGGAGCCUUAUUCUACUUGCAUUCAGCAGCCUCAAUUCCCAUUUAUCAUCGAGACAUCAAGUCCACUAAUAUCCUCUUGGAUGAGAAAUAUCGGGCCAAAGUGGCAGAUUUCGGUACUUCCAAGUCUGUUUCCCUCGAUCAAACUCAUGUAACUACGUUGGUGCAAGGGACUUUUGGCUACCUAGAUCCUGAAUAUUUCCAAUCAAGUCAAUUUACAGACAAAAGCGAUGUGUAUAGCUUCGGAGUUGUUCUUGUUGAACUCUUAACAGGACAAAAGCCAAUCUCGUCGCUAAGGGAACAAGAAGGCAGAAGCCUUGCGUCCUAUUUCAUAAUUUCGAUGGAAGAAAAUCAGUUGUUCGACAUUGUAGAUGCUCAAGUUUUGAAAGAAGGUAAGAAGGAAGAGAUUGCAUCCGUUGCUAGCCUCGCAAAAAGAUGCUUGAACUUGUAUGGGAGGAACCGGCCUACAAUGAAAGAAGUGGCAAUGGAGUUAGAGGGGAUGAGAAAGCUCCCAAAUCCUUUGGGUAUUCAGCAAAAUCAAGAGGACCGGGAGGCAGUUGAAUCUUAUGCUGCUGCAUGUAAGUCCAGCAAGUCAAACAUCGACGCUGAUGUCACUACAUUUUCGGAUGUGCAGCCAUUCUUACCUAGUGAGACGUGGUGAAGAUCUGUUUUGCCUCUCACACUUGUGAGUUAUAUUGCUGCGUUUGUCAUGGAAAUCAGUCUUCAAAGCAAAAAAAAAGAGAAGAAAGAAAGAAGGAAAGCUUGUUAAUUUACUAAUAGGAGGAUUUUGGUUAGUUAUGUAUUGGUAAUGAACUUAUUCUCGAUGUUUGGGAUCAAUAAACUGUUAAGUCAUGCCAAUCCCAAGUUUAUUCUAGUUAUGUAAUUAGCAUGAUGCCGUGAUUUCAGCUCAUCUUGAGAUCUUUGAAUACUUGCUGUCAA